UUUUUUUCUUCCUUCUCUCGCUCUCUCGUCAAAAAACAUUCCUUAUAAAAUCCUCUAGAUCUCUUUUUACCUUUGAUUAACUCUAGGUUAUUCCGCUUUGCCCUAAAUGGAGAGGGAGCUGCUGCAUUUGUUCGACGCCGCCAAAAAAGCUGCCGAUUUGGCCGCCUCCGACGCCGUUUCCUCCAACGCCCCUGAAGUUUCCAGAUGCGUUGACGCCUUGAAUCAGCUUAAGGAUUUCCCCGUCACUUAUGACACUCUUGUUUCUACACAGGUUGGAAAAAAGCUGCGACCUCUCACUAAGCAUCCUAGAGAGAAAAUCAAGACUGUGGCUUCUGACUUGCUUGAGUUGUGGAAGAAAAUUGUUAUUGAGGAGACUACCAAGAGUAAGAAAAAUGGCACCACUAGUGCUGUCAAGGUUGAGAAACUUCCUAAGCCAAGUGCUGUAAAGUCUGAAAAACUCUACAAUACAGAAUCUGUGAAGGUUGAGAGAUCUAAAGGUGAUUCGGUAAAACCCAUCAAAGUUGAAAAAAAGGAAUCAAAUGGAGACACUGUAAUGGUUGACAAGAGAGACCGAGGAGAUGCUGGGAAGAUUGAAACAAUUUAUAAGGAUGAGAGGCAAGCAUCAAAUGUCAAGAAACAAUAUCAGCCGCCCGCUGGUCCUCCGAAGUUGACAUCAUUGGUCAAAUGUAAUGAUCCUUUGCGUGACAAAUUUCGUGAGAUUCUUGUAGAGGCCUUGUCUAAAGUUCCCAGCGAGGCUGAUGAAGACAUGCUGGAUCAAGUGAAUGCUUGUGACCCUAUCCGGGUUGCUGUAUCUGUUGAAUCUGUGAUGUUUGAGAAGAUGGGUAAAUCAAAUGGCGCCCAGAAAUUUAAGUACAGAUCUAUAAUGUUCAACAUCAAGGAUCCAAAGAAUCCAGAUUUAAGGAGGAAGGUUCUUCUGGGCGAAGUGAAACCUGAAAGGCUCAUAACUAUGACCCCAGAGGAAAUGGCCAGUGAUGAGAGGCAACGUGAAAAUAAAGAAAUUAAAGACAAGGCUCUGUUUGAUUGUGAACGUGGUGGUGCGCCAAAGGCCACGACAGAUCAAUUUAAGUGUGGGCGUUGUGGUCAACGCAAGACCACUUACUAUCAAAUGCAAACAAGGAGUGCAGAUGAACCUAUGACAACCUAUGUAACAUGCGUAAACUGCAACAACCAUUGGAAAUUCUGUUAGUUGGACCCUGAGAUCUGUCAGUCAAUGCGGUGAAGGUGUAAGGUUGAUCAUCUUGGAAGCUACAUUCUGUUCAUCUUUGUUUGUGGAUUGAAUUUUAAAUAAUAGUGUAAUGUCAUAUUUAUAUGCUAUAUAGGGACUUCCUUAGGGAUAACUAGGUGUUUGGGGGAUGAUUGAGCCAAAAUCAUAACUCAGUUGUUACACAUCUUAGGUGAUUGCCAUAUCCUCCCAUUGUUCCGGAAAACAGGAGACUUGUCUUCUUUGAAUGUUUCUGGUUGUAGAAGGCAUUCAUGUGAACUACGUAAUGCUUGUCUUGUUCAUCAUGACCCUUUUAGAUGCAUUCAUGGUCAUUCUAAAGGGUAAGGAGGAUGCUAGUGGUAGAAUUAGGCCGUCUUAAUUUCUUAAUGUACCAACGAACACUGCUAUAAAGGCAUGCUUUGAUUUUUCCA